AUGGGACUCCUGCUGAGCCAGAGACUGGGGCAAGGCUCAGGUCUGGGGGUCUUGGCGCAGAGGGACAUUGACUGUGGCCUGCUCAUGCCUGAUUGUCUGGAGAAAUGCUAGAUUUUGGACUUGGGUAGUAGACGUGGUAAAGGUUGUUAUGCCCUUAGCCAGUUGGUUGGUGAGAAGAGACAUAUCAUCAGAAUUGAUAUGACAGAGGCUCAAGAAGAAGUGGCCAAGAAAUACCUUGAUUAAUACCACAUGGAGAAGUUCAGUUUCCAGACUCCUAAUGUGAAUUUUAUUCAUGACUACGGAGAGAAGCUUGGAGAAACUGGAAUCAAAGAUGAAAUAAUUCUGUUGCAGCCUGGAAGAGAGCUGUACUUCAAUGACGUCUGUGCUAGCCUUGAAUUGCCUGGAGAAGUCAAGGCACAUAAAGUUUUAGGGGCAGGUGAGUAUUUGGGAGGAGCUCUGUUCUGGAAAGGUCUCCUCACAUUUGCUGAAGAAAUUGGAUUCUGUGCUCCAUGACUGGUCAUUGCUAAACCAAUCACCCUUGGGGACAAGGAACUGGAAGAAGUUAUUGACAUCUCAAUUUCGGGUGGUCAGUUUGUUUCAGCAACACUUUCUCUCUUCAGACUUCCCAUGAAAAUUCCAGCCCAAAGUUGUCAGCUUUUUUACAAUGGAGGGAUUCCUGGGAAUGAGAAAGAAUGGAAAUUUGAUGCAAAUUGCACAUUUAAGGUGGGUCAGCCAACCUCAUUUUUCAUUAUUUUCCUUUUGUAACUCUAUUGUGUCCCCAGAAUCCUUGUACAGACAUAUUAUUGAUCAAUUUUUUUUUUUAAAUCCUCACCUUCCGCCUUGGAGUCAAUACAGUGUAUUGGCUCCAAGGCAGAAGAGUGGUAAGGGCUAGGCAAUGGGGGUCAAGUGACUUGCCCAGGGUCACACAGCUGGGAAGUGUCUGAGGCCAGAUUUGAACCUAGAACCUCCCCUCUCUAGGCCUGGCUCUCAAUCCACUGAGCUACUCAGCUACCCCCUGAUCAAGAUUUUGAAGACCAAUAUGGAAAGGGCAACGAGAUAGCACAGUGGACAAAGUGUCAGACCUGUAUUCAGGAGGACCUGGGUUCAAAUCUGGCCUCAGAUUCUUCCUAACUGUGUGACUCUGGGCAAGUCACUUAUCCCCCUUACUUUUCUUCUGCCUUAGAAUUGAUACUAAGACAGUAGGUAAAGGUUUAAAAAAAAAGAAUGAUAUGGGAAGGGAUAGUAGGAAGUAGCAUUCAUGUCAGUCACU